AUGCCAGUAGUGGACCGGGACCCCUCCAAAGACCUGGAGGGCAGUGAUGGUCUGCCGAAGUUACCGUUACCUGCCCUGAAGGACACACUGGAAGUGUACCUGAGGUGUUUGGAGCACCUGCUUCCAGAGGAACAGUUCCAGAGGACGCGGGACGUGGUGCAGCGAUUUGGCGCCCCUGGUGGAGUGGGGGAGCUACUGCAAAGUAAACUCGCGGAGAGGAGGGAAACCAGAGCAAACUGGGUGUAUGACUACUGGCUGAACGACAUGUACCUGAACAACAGACUGCCUCUCCCUGUCAACUCCAGCCCCGUUAUGGUUUUCCCACAGCAGAACUUCAGGGCCCCAAUAGACUCCCUAAGGUUUGCGGCCCAUCUUAUUUCGGGAGUUCUGGAGUACAAGGUUCUUCUUGAUGGACAUGCUCUACCAGUGGACUAUGCCCGCGGUCAGCUAGCUGGAACCCCUCUGUGUAUGGACCAGUAUUAUCGGCUCUUCACGUCUUACCGCCUGCCGGGGCCUGAGAGGGACACACUAGUGGCCCAGGAGAGCAGUGUAAUGCCAGAACCUGAGCACAUCAUUGUUGCCUGCAAAAACCAGUUCUUUGUGCUGGAUGUGGUGAUCAACUUCCGCCGGCUAAAUGAGAGGGAUCUGUUGACUCAGCUGGAGAAGAUCAUCAAGAUGGCUGACAGUGAGGAGGAGCAGCUUCCUCCUAUCGGUCUGCUUACUUCAGAUGGACGGACAGAGUGGGCAGAGUCUCGUAGCGUGCUUAUGAAAGAGUCUACUAACAGGGAUUCUCUGGACAUGAUUGAGCGGUGUCUGUGCCUGGUCUGCCUUGAUGAUACCAGUGGGUCAGGCCUGACUGACAGCACUCGGGCCGUGUUGAUGCUGCAUGGUGGAGGAGUGGAUAAGAACAGCGGCAACCGCUGGUACGACAAGCCCAUGCAGUUUGUUGUAGGAUCUGACGGUUGCUGUGGAGUGGUGUGUGAACAUUCGGCGUUUGAAGGAAUUGUCCUUGUGCAGUGCACAGAGUAUCUACUCAAAUACAUGAUCGGCAGCCCGUCUAAACUGGUCAGGGCUGCAAGUGUAAGUGAGCUGCCCGCACCUCGCAGACUCCGCUGGAAAUGCACCCCAGACAUCCACAAACGCCUUGCCUCGUCUGCUGAGAAACUACAGAGGCUGGCGAGAAAUCUGGACAUGAAUGUCCACAAAUUCUGCGAUUAUGGAAAAGAGUUCAUCAAAACACAAAAGAUGAGUCCAGAUGCCUACAUUCAGGUUGCUCUUCAGUUAGCCUACUACAGGUGUCAUGGAAGACCUGUGUCAACCUAUGAGAGCGCUUCUAUCCGUCGCUUUCAGGAGGGCAGAGUGGACAACAUCCGCUCAGCCACACCUGAAGCCCUGGCAUUCGUGAAAGCAAUGACUGAUGGGAAAUUGAGCACAAGUGAUACAGAGAAGAUGGAAAAAUUGAGAGGCGCUAUUACUGCUCAGACCAAAUACACAAUUUUGGCUAUCACAGGAAUGGCAAUAGAUAACCAUUUGCUAGGACUUCGCGAAAUUGCACAAGACCUGAACCUAGAGAAGCCAGAGAUAUUCAAGGAUGAGGCAUACCUUAUUAGUAAUCAAUUCAUUCUGUCUACGAGUCAGGUUCCCACUACGGUUGAGAUGUUCUGCUGCUACGGACCCGUGGUUCCAAAUGGUUACGGGGCUUGCUACAACCCUCAGUCGGACCACAUCAUCUUCUGUGUGUCCAGUUUCCGGGAGAGCCCUCAGACAUGCUCUUCAGAGUUUGUCAAGGCUGUGGUGCAGGGGCUACUGGAGAUGAGAGAUCUCUGCUACAAAUGCAGCACAGACUCCAACCAGAGUGACCGAACAAAGGGCCACACCCUGGAGAUGCACACACAGACUGAAACAAACUGGCAAGGCAAAACACUGGAGAGACCAACCGACCCAACUGAUAACCAGCAGCCGCUGCCCCAAGUUGUGGUGAAGACAACUGACCAAACCAAGGUGGAGGCAGAGACCCAGACGUCAUUGCAGGGAGACUACAGAGCUUCGAAGAAUGGGUGUAAGUCAUAG